ACGGAGACGCAAGUGAUCGAUGUUCAAUCUUCGAUUCCUGGACUUGUAACGGAGUGGAAGCGGAAAUUUUCCGAUGACGUCGACAUUAUCACUACCAUCAUUCGACCGGACUCUGAUCGAACUGGCGACGGAGGCCUUGGAAUAUCUCUUGAAGGCACGGUGGACAUUGUGAAUGGUCAUCAGCUUUGUCCACACCACUACAUCGAAUCAAUCCGGCAGAAUGGGCCAGCCGCUACUUCAGGAAUGCUGCAAGCUGGUGAUGAACUGCUUCAGGUGAACCACUCAAUUUUGUAUGGCGAGUCGCACGUGACCGUUCGGCAAGCGCUUACUAGGGCCGUUAAUUCCGGAGCACCAGUGACUCUAGUAGUGGCUAGGCGAACCCAGCACGUCAAUGUUUUCCAGCCAACGACGGAAAGGAGUCUUCCUGCAUCGUAUUCACUGCUUGCUUCCGGAAAUGAGAAGAUAGUCAAGGCAAAAUCCGAAGUGAAUAUUCCGGAUUUGACCAACGAAACCGAGGCUCUACUUCAUCAAGUCUCACGUCGCUUGAGGACCCGUUCGUUAGAGCCAUUGACUGGACUCGCUGUAUGGAAUUGCGUUCCUCUAGUAGUUUGCCUAAUGAAAGACGAACGUGGAUUAGGGUUUUCUGUUGUUGACUACCAGGAUCCAGCUCAUCCGGGUGAGUCAGUAAUCGUAGUACAGUCACUGGUACCAGGUGGUGUUGCGCAAGCGGACGGAAGAAUUGUGCCUGGUGAUCGACUGCUAUUUGUCAAUCAACAUGACCUCAGUAAUAGCAGGUACUGCUGA